AUGGUCUACAUGUCCUGUGUAUCGCUGGCCUCUGUUUCAUCGGCGAGAACUUCGAGGCCGCCGUCACCGCCCCCGCCCGGAUUCGCGGACCCGUCCGGGCCGCCCCGGUCGCCGAGGACGCCCUCGCCCGUCGUCCGCUGGUCCCCCCCCCGCACGCCCUCGCCGUUGGGUAGGCGCGCCGUCCUCCAGACGCCCCCGCGCGCGCCCGGGUGCUUCGGGCACUGCCCGCAGGGCCCGCAGUGCCGCGCCAAGGCGCAGGGGCUGCCGCGGUCGCCCUCGCCGCGCCGCGCCGCGCCGCGGUCGCCCCCGCGCACGGCCAGGGCCGCGCCCCGCGCGCUCUCGCGCACGCGCAGCAGCCCGGAGCCGGGCUACGCCACGCCCGUCGCCAAGGCUGAGCUCACCACGCCGCCCCCGGCCCCUCUGGCGCCCUGCGCCGCCUUGAAGGCCGAGAUCGCCGCGGCGGUGCGCGAGCGCAGCGCCCUGGACCUGAAGCUGGCGCUGCACCGCGGCCACUGCUGCGCGGGCACGCAGUGGUGCCGCGAGGCGCACCACGUCUCCGAGGCGGUGCGCCGGGGCCACUGCGGCACGCUGGAGGUGCUGCUGGAGGCGGGCUCCGAGGACGUGAACGAGGAGUGCGGCGGCCGCACGCCCCUGCAGAGGGCCUGCGAGGCCUCCAUGUUCGACGGGGACGCCGGGCACCGCAUGGCGGAGCUGCUGCUGCGGCGCGGCGCCGACCCCUGCGGCCGCGGCGGCGCCCCCUGCGGGGGCCCGCCGCUGCACGAGGCCAGCGCGCGCGGCAGCCUCGCGGUGGUGCGGCUGCUGCUGCGGCACGGGGCCGACCCCUGCGCGCCGGGCGCGGGCGGCCUCGCGCCCCUCCACGCGGCCUGCCAGGGCGCCCCGGCCUUCGCCUCGCCGCUGCACCUGCGCGCGGCGGAGGCGCUGCUGCGGGGCGGGGCGUGCCCGGUCGCGGGUGACGCCCUCGAGCUCUCGCCGCUGGCCUACGCGGCAGAGGGCGGCCUGCGCCGGAAGCUCAGCAGGGCCGAGAGGUGGUGGACCAGGCGCUCGCUUGCCCUCGCGUGCCGCGCCACAGUGGCGCCGCGGGAGUCGGACCCUCCCGACAGCGGGCCCGGGCGCCUCCUGCACGGGGUGCUCGCGGUGCCGGACGUGACGGAGGCGGUGCUAGCCCUGGUGUGCGGCGCGGCAGCCCUGGGGAAGUGA